AUGUUCGUGUUGACCCUACCAUGGACCCUAUUCCAGAGCGAAUCGCGUUCGGCGGCGGAGAGAUAUGAUCCUCGCCCCCUCGACAUCGCUACCGUACGCGCCGGAAGUAAUGUCGCCUUCCAUUGGUCGCAUUGGCUCCAUAGCCACAAGGGCCCUAUCACGGCAUGGCUGGCGCCCUAUGAGGGCGACAUUGCAGACGUUAAUGUGAAUGAACUUGAGUUCUUCAAAAUUGCCGAGGAUGCUAUUGAUGAGAAUGGCGUAUGGGCUACCGACAGGCUCAUGGACAACGCCCAUACCUGGUCCGCUGUUAUUCCCGCCGAUAUAAAGUCUGGGAAGUAUGUCCUUCGUCAAGAGUUCUGGCUUCGAAUUCGCGGGGUUGGCCCGCAGUUUUACAUGACUUGCUUCAACUUCGAGGUUCUCGGGGACGGUAACUCUCAGCCGGCCGGGAUGCCAUUUCCCGGCGCCUAUGAGAAGGACGCCCCAGGCCUCUGGUUCGACCUUACAUCUGAUGCCAGCUAUCCUCCCGCUGGACCUCCUCUAUACAAGAGUGAGUACACCGUCGAGCUUGAACCAAACGAAUUUGUCAUUCUCAGCCCAACCAACCAAGGCGCGGAAGCCGACGCAGCCUACCACGAAGCCCAGGGCCGCGUUCUGAAAUUCCAAGAGGAUACCAAUACCCAAAUUGAUGUUCAUGGUGGAUAA